AUGUCUGCCGUCUCUCGCCUCCUCCACCGUUCUUUCUCCACCACUGCCCAAUCUCCCUCCAUCAAGUCCCUUUCCCAGGACCUCUACAAGGAGCGAAACCUGAAGAAACUCGUCCAGAAAUUCAAGCUUUAUUCAUCUUCCGACCGUUUCCGCACCAAGAAUGGCAUUUAUGAGUCCACGGUCCGCCGCCUGGCUUCCGCCAAACGCUUCAAAUGGAUUGAAGAAAUUCUCGAACAUCAGAAGCAAUUCAGACAUGACAUUUCCAAGGAGAACUUCUCUAUCAGGCUUGUCAAAUUGUAUGGACAAUCGGGCAUGUUUGAGAAUGCGAAAAAAGUGUUCGAUGAAAUGUCUGAGAGGAAUUGUGAAAGGAGUGUGAAGAGUGUGAAUGCCCUUUUGUCAGCUUGUGUGAAUUCGGGGAAACUUGAGGAGAUUGAGGGGAUUUUUAGGGAAAUGGAGAUGAAGUGGCAAGUGAGGCCUGAUGUCGUUUCAUAUAAUAUCGUGAUCAAAGGGCUGUGUGAGAUGGGGGAGUGGGAUAAAGGGUUGGGUAUGCUUGAUGAGAUGGAAAGAAGUGGGGUGAAGCCCGAUUUGGUUACUUUUAAUACAGUUCUUGAUAAGUUAUAUUCGAAUAAGAGGUUUGAUGAUGGUGAAAAUAUGUGGAGACGAAUGGUGGAAAGUGGAUUUUUACCCAACAUUAGGAGCUAUAAUGCGAGGCUUGUGGGAUUACUUAAUGAGAAGAAGUUUAAUGAAGCUGUUGAGUUGAUUAGUGAAAUGGGGAAAAGUGGGAUACAGCCUGAUUUUUUUAGCUACGCAAUUCUUAUUAGAGGGUAUUGUGAUGAGGGAGAUUUGAAGGGGGUGAAGAAAUGGUAUAGCGAGUUGGUCAGAAGCGAGUGUGUCCCGGAUAGGGCAUUGUUUAGGGUGGUUCUUUCAUCUGCACUAGACAAUGGUGAUUAUGAUUGGGUUUUUGAGCUUUGCAAAGAGGUUUUCGAGAGAAAAUGUCUGGUUGAUGCAAGUUUGUUGCAGAAUGUGGUGGAUGGGUUCGUGAAGGAUUCAAGGAUUGACGAGGCUAAGAUGGUUGUUCAGAUGGGGAGGUCAAAUGAUUACCGCCAUUAUAAACUUGAGCUUCCAUCACAAGUAGUUUAA